CAUCCCCCCUCAUUUCCCCCACAUUUCCGUUUAUCGUAUCCCUCGAUGCCAUCGGUCCUGCCCGAGUCCACGACAAACCUUGGUGGUUAUCCCAAGAUGACCUGACGGAAUAUCACCCAAUGCGACACCAAAGAUCGUCUGAGACACAUCUUACCGCAUGAGGAGGUGCCGGUAUAGCCGGUGAACGACUUCGCCGACCGUCAUGGGGCGGAGUGUGUGAACGCGGGGGCGCAUAUAAGCUCUUUGAGGAUUCCCUGCGCUGGUUGUUGUUUGCGCAUAACUUGCCCAGCCGCACUUUAAUUCAAUUUUGGGUUUCAGAACACACCCUCCCACCUCGAUAAAAUGAUCUUCACCAAGCCACUAGCGGGCGCGGCAUUGCUCCUGUUCGCCGCUGAGUCUGCCGCUGCAGCGGUUAUACGGUCGCAUGCCGUUGGGGGAUGCGGGAUUGUCCAAGACUUUAAAGGGGAUACCAAGACAGGGGAGAGUAUUGAGAGUGACAAGAUACUCCGGACAUAUGAUGUUUAUCU